UAUAAAAAGUAGUUUUUUAUUUAGUUUAAUUUACACUAAAAUAUCAGAUAAUAUCUUAUAUUAUAUAAGUUAUAUAACAUAUUUAAGACAGGUAAAAUGAGAUAAUUAGYAAAAAAUGAAGUUAACACUGAUUUUAAUUAUUUGUAUAUUAAUUGGAACUACAUUUGGGUCCAAGAAAUGCAACGGACGAGACUUCCAGAGAGGAAGUAUCGCUUGUGUGGCCAAUGAACAGAUGAACGACGAAUACGAUCCGGUGGUCCACAGUUCCAAAGGUGUCGUACAGGUGUUUACAUCGACAAAAUCGGGUAAACGAUUGGAAAAGUCAGAGAAACGGUUCAAUGAGGGAGACAUACCAUCGGGUUAUCGGUGGAACAUCAAAGUAGAUCACAGCAAAACACAUCAAGAAAUUAUUGGUUUCGGUACCGCUCUGUCAGAUGCGGCCGUACUUAGCAUUGGAAAGAUGUCACCCAAACUUCAGCGACAAAUAUUAUCCGAUUUUUUCUCGGAAAAGGGAAUCGAGYUGUCAAUGGCUCGAACAACAAUAGCUGGAAGUGAUUUCUCCACCAGAAAGUACACAUACGAUGAUCACGACUGGGAUUGGGAUCUCAAACAAUUCAAUUUGGUUGAUGAGGACACCAAAUAUAGGAUACCACAAAUGAAGAUCGCAAACGAAGUUUCAAAACAUAAGAUUAAAUAUUUCGGAUCGCCAUGGAGUGGGCCGGCAUGGCUUAAGACCAAUCAUCAGCUCACAGGAAAGGGUACACUACUAGAAAAGGCCGGMUCUAAGCCUUGGGAAACAUACGCCAACUAUUUAAUUAAAUGGCUUCAGGCAUAUCGCACUCAUGGCAUCGAGUUCUGGGGUAUGACUGUCCAGAAUGAACCGGCAACUGGUCUACAGGACAACUUUCCGUGGAAUACAAUGGGAUACACACCUGAAAUGGAAAGAGAUUUCGUGAAGACUGAUUUGGGUCCAGCACUGGAACGUAACGGUUGGGGACCUAAUCAAUUCAAUUUAAUGGUUUUGGACCACAAUAGAGAUCUAUUGCCUAAUUGGGCUGACACUGUGCUUGGUGAUGCCGGUGCUGCCAAAUACGCUAAGGGUGUUGCAGUGCAUUGGUAUGGCAACGGAGCUGCCGGUCCUGAACGAUAYGAUCAGGUGCACGAACGACAUCCAAAUCAUUUUAUUUUGGCUACUGAAGCAUGCAAUGGAUGGCAAGACCAGAGUUGGCCCAUUUCUUUGGGAAACUGGGAUUUUGGGGAAAGUUAUGCACACGAUAUCAUCAGAGAUUUGUCUCAUUGGGUCUCGGGUUGGAAUGACUGGAAUGCUGUACUCGAUAUGGAUGGCGGACCCAUAUGGGUAGGAAAGGGUCAUUUUGAGUCGGCACCCAUUAUUGUAGAUCCAUCUAAAGGCGAGUACUUCAAGAAUCCCAUGUUUUACGCGUUGGCCCACUUCGCCAAGUUUUUGCCGCCGGGAAGCAAACGUAUCGGUCAGAGUCCCGAAGUGGUCGACAACGAGAAUCUACAGUCGGCCGCAUUUAUCCGACCGGAUGGCGGAUAUGUAUACAUUGUAAUCAACAGUUGGAACGACCAAAACGCCUUUAUACUAACCGACCCGCUGUUCGGUGAACUCCGUAUGCCUGUUGAACCGCAUUCAUUCAAUACAUGGGUUUAUUACCCGUAAAAACAUUACCGACACUUAAAAUACAUUGUAAUACAUUGUUAUAACUGUAAACAUCAUGUAAUAUAUAUAAAUUAUAUUUAAUUAAUUAUAAAUUUUA